GCCAUAUUUGCGAUCCAAAGGUGCGCAUGGCCGUUGUAUGGGCGCACUGCAACACCAAGAUGGUCUGUGAGACUGACGAGCCCAAGGAAGAUGGUGCUGAAAGAGAUGCAGAUGAGCCCAAGAAAGGUCAUGGUGGAUGUGGUCAUAUACAACUGGCCAUUAGGAAAGAAGGACUGAAGCUUUUCGUCCAAUACAAGAGACCCAAAGAUGAGGGUGAGGAUCCUGACAAGCAGCUGAUUACACCGUCUUCGGAGGUUUAUACAAUGUUCAAGAAGAUGUCAGACUCCGACCUUCAUCUAAUAGGUCUUUCAGAUGAGUAUGCUCAUCCUGAGUGGAUGAUUCUCACCAUUAUGCCUGUCCCGCCUCCACCUGUCCGUCCCAAUGGUGGUGCUAUGCAGAGUGAAUAUGACUUGAUGUACAAGCUUGGUGAGAUUAUCAAGGUGUCUGCACAUAUAUGGCGGAAUAUGAUAUUUAAAGAACUCACAUACCAUUUUGUGCAAUUCAUCAAUUUUUUCUUGGUGGGGGUACUGGACUGA